CUUUUGAAGAUCAGCACCGAGGGACGGAGCAGUUCGUUUUGAUUCUGUGAUUAAGAGGAAACUCCUGAAAAGUAACGAACUAAACUAACUAAGCGUUGAAGGUAAAUAAAAAAAUGUGGAGAAUUGUCCCGUUGUUAUCGGUGCUGAUCGGAGCUCUGUGUCCUGCUGCACAGGGAAGACCUCCACUCGAUGUGAACGACACUCAGCAACAAUACCAAGCAGACGAACACUCGAAUGUCACACUGACGGUUUUGUGUCCAGUUAACUCUUCCUCUGACUGGCUGAACAUCGAUCUGAUGAUCGUGGAGCCACUGAGGAGUAUUUAUCUGUAUGACAGCAGAUUUCAGCCUGACCCGCACACAGAUGAUCAGUUCAAAGGUCGACUCCAGUGCGACCCCCAGCUCAGGAACGGGAUGGUUGAGUGUCUCCUGUCUGACCUGAGGCUGAGCGACGCAGGACGGUAUCAGUGGAUUGUUGCCACUAAAGGAAGAAGUAACCUCACAAAACUGGAGCUUGUAGUCAGAGCUGUCAUGUCUCAAACUCAGGAAGAACCUUCAAAGCCAACAGAACGGGAAAGGAUUGGGUUGUAUAUGGCCGUUGGUUUACUUGCAGUGAUAAUAGUUUGCCUUUACUUGGGCAACAUCAUUACAUUUUGCAACUUUACCCGGUUGAUCCCGGUUGAGAUAAGUUGUCUGAGAGACAACUUAUCUCAGAAAAACUAAGUAUUCAAGCAGUGAGCUCGCAGGUUUCGCACACAGCAGCCAGCGUAGCUUCACGGCACCUAACCACUUCAGCUGUGCAACUACCUCACUCAAUGUUCAAACAGCUGUAGUGGUGGUUACUGUUUGAUAUGUUUAUGGUUUACGAACCAUGUUUCUCUCUAUGGUUUUAAUGAAAACCAUUUUUCUUCCCAUUUUCAUGGGGUUUCAAGCACUCAGUGUCCAUAGUCUGACUGAUUCUCAGCAGCUAAAAAUGGCAUAAAGCCAACAGCUUAGUAGAAAAAUAAGCUCAAUCUCUGGCUUCUUAUAGCAAUACAGAGAAUGCAUUAUUUAUUCCACGGAAUAAAAACUGCAACCUGCACAAGUAUUCAUGUGAUGUUCAAGCACAGUAUUUUAUGUAGCUACGGUUCUACUGACACCCACAAAGCGUUGGGAAGAAGUACUUUCAAAGUGUUUUACACACUCAACCAAGAAAACAGUAUUUUAACCUACAAAUUGUAGUGAUUUUGCACUUUAUUCUUGGGAAAAAACACUUUGUUCAACUUAUUGUGCCUAAGAAGGGUCGUAAAUUCACAUUUACGUGAUCACUCAACAGCGACAUUUCAAGUGGAUGCAAAAGAAAAAAAAAGUCAGACCUACAAGUGAUGCAUAAUUGCACAUUUCUGGUCAAAACGAGAUGCAGUCAUGGUAAAAGGAAAGUACACCCACUUUCAGUUUUAGGGCUUGAUAUGUGAGAACAUGAUAAAAACAUAUAUCUGAUCUCAUUUAAAUCUAACUGCUACUGUGCACAAACACAACAGGGUUCAUAUGUCAAUAUUUAGUAAACAAACAUGUUGCAAACAUGGAAAAAUAUCAGCAGUGAUCUCAGAAAAGAGAACGUUGCUGUUCUGCAAUCUAGACAAAAAGGAGGCUGUCUGCAGAAAGUGUGGCUCUUUCUGUGACCGUUUUGUAAAAGCUGAAGAGAGUCUGCGCUGUUGUAUGGAAGGUGUGCGCGAAUACAAACGUGUCGAAACCACGUGACUGCGCUUCGACUGUUUGGCUUUGGGUGAAACAUGUCGGCGCCCUUAGAGAAACGGCAAAAUACCCAAGAGCUUCAUCUCAGACGCUACAGACCUCAAUAAGCAUGUUAAAUGUCAAAGUUCAUGACAGGACAAGAACACUAAGCAAGUGUUAAUUGAGCCACAAGUUGAGAUGUUUUACUAAAGAAUACAAGACUAGUUUAGCAAAAAUGCAAAAAGGAAAAAAAUUGUGGUCUUAAAGACAAAGACAAAGUCAUGGUAGUUUAGGCUGGUAAUUUAACUCCAUGAAGAUGUCAGACAUGAAAGGUGUCUGACAUCUUCAUCAUCCUCAAUGGAAAGAAGUGACACAGGAAAGAGGAAUAAACCGAUAUCUCUCCCCAAACGUACAGUUCUUUUUACUAUGACUGCAGGCCAGAUGGGCCAACCAACUUUUAUUCUGAAGUUUUUCAACUUUGGAAAAAAAAAAAAAAAGCAAGGCACUAAGAGCAGGUUGCUCCGAUUGUGUGAAAUGA